CCGGCUCCGGGUGCGCACGGAAGGCGGAAAUCCCCGGCGGCAGGAGGCGUGGGAGGGAAAGGGGAAAGGCCUAAACCGGACAGCCCUCGGCUCGGCUCGGUACGGCACGGCACGGGCAGCCUGCAAACUUUCGCCCCGCUGCGAUGGAGCCGCGUGGCUGUGGAUUUCUGUUGCUGCUCCUUCAUAUCCUGAGAGCUGUUAUUGCACUGGAGGAGAAGAUCAUCUUCAGUAAACUUGGAGACAACGCUACACUGAGUUGUAUUUAUCAAGAAAAAGAAUUGCACUUAGAAAAUCUACGGGUAUAUUGGCAAAUAGCAGAUGAUCAAGAAGAGUGUUCAGUUGUACACGCACUGAUCUCCGGUCAAGACAAUGAAAGUGAACAGUGUGUUCACUUUAAAAACAGAACUCAAUUAUUCUGGGAUAAAUUGGAAAAUGGUGAUUUUUCUCUGCUACUGCUAAACGUCAGCCAGAGUGAUGAACGUACAUACAAAUGUGUAGUACUGCAGAAAACCGAAUAUACCAAAGUGAUUCACCAGGCAGAAGUGGUUCUUAGUUUAGCAGCUAGUUAUAGCCAACCAAUCCUUAGUGGACCGAUAAGAAACAGUAACAGCACUGGAGAGGAGGUGACUUUCAGCUGCAGGUCCGACAAUGGAUACCCAGAGCCCAACGUAUAUUGGAUAAAUAAAACAGACAACAGCCACCUACUUCCAUCAGAGCUAACGAUCACUCCCCACACCGAUGGCACUUACAGCGUUUUUAGCACGCUGAAGGUUAAAGCCACAUCUAACAUGCAAAUAGAGUGCUCCAUAGAAAAUAAAAUACUGCAGGAAAAUCUAUCAGCCAACUACACACAGCAGAAGCAAAGCAAUGGUUCUAGCACAGAAAGUCACAAAAACCUGGAAAAAAAUGGACGAGGUGCUCAAGCAGCUGGCAUCAUUUCCAUUGUCAUUCUGAUGGGUCUUCUAGCUGGUUUAACCUGCUGGCUGUGGAGACGGAGGUCCUCUAAACUAGCAUCCUACACAGAUGUCCCACCAAAUGAAGACAAAGGAGGACUUGACUCACCUGUCUAAACGGAAAGUCUGCCAGCAAUUUGGGCAGCUGGAGAUGCAUCAGGAGAAGCAUCACCCCCUAUCUCAGAGGCAGCAUUGCUUGUAAUACAAGUGACAGAUUUCUGCAGAGUGUGCCAAGAGAGAUGGUGAAAAAAGCUUCUCCAACACAAGAGACAGCAAAAUCCACUGGAUUUCUAUUCCAGCCACUGGCUGUAUCCACACAACAGUUGUGUCACCACACCAACUAACCACUUUGGACAGUCCUCUGUGACAGUCUGCCAGUGUGUUGAGCUCCUGCACUGGGGAAAGCAGUAAGCCUGGGACUUAGCCACUCUGUGCCAGACCAGUGAAAGCUGGCAAGUGCCCCAUCUCUCAUCAUCACCUUUGAGGACUGUCUUAGUAGCAGAAGCAACUGCGUUUCAGGAGCAUGGGAGGUUCUUGCUGUGCCUCUUUACCCUGACGAUGACUACUGAAUGUGAAGAAAGGCAGCUAAAAAAAAAAAAAAGAAAAAAGGAAACUGAAGGACUCUCUGCAAAGUGAGAUUUGUGACCUUUUCCACCUUUCUCUCUCUACAGUACCUCCUUUCAUUGUCUGGUUUCACCAGCUGCAUAUUACUGUGUACAGAACUAGGUAGAACAUUUUGACCCAGUCCUCCAAAAACAGGAGUUGCUGUAACAGGGUUAAGCACCAAAUAUGUUAACAUAAGGAAAUGUGCAUUCUUUAAAUGUACUUGAUAUCAACAUUUUGUUUUUUACCGAAUAUUCCACCGAAAAGGGGAGUUCCACUUUUGACAGAAGCUGGUGCAUACUGUGUGAAAAAACAGGCUGUGGAAAUCUGACUGAUUAAAAAUAGCGCUCUCUGCUAUGUUAAGGUCAGGUUACCUGGACUUACCCUUUUCAGGAUGGAACAAAAGCUGUGGUCAAGCUCUGCUCAAUCCAGCUGGUCUUUAUUUAAGCACUCUGUGGCUUCGAGGGAGGAUUUUAAACUGAAUUUUUUAAACUGAACCUCUCUAUGUCCCAUCCCAUCGCUCCACCCAAACAAAACAAAACCCCAAAAAACAACAAACCAGAGUGCAGACUAUAUCACUGUGUUGUCCAUGAAUGUCCAGAAAGCCAAGAACUGCAGUUUCCUUGUGCCAAUGCUCAUGCCUUGCUGUUUCAGCCCCAAGUCAGCCGAGAGAAACUGGUUGAAAAUAGCAAAGCAGUAAACUUUGAUGGUAUGAGGUUUUGAAGGAGGAAGAAUCUAUACUAGCUCUUUUGCCUAGAUGGGGCAGUUUCCCCGUCUUGUCACAGGGGGAUGGAGAUGAUGAUCUUAAACUGAGCCCUAGAAACACUUGGCUUUGCCUGCACCAGUUGCUAGAUUAAAAUUCUAUCAUUUUUGUGAAUAGGUCAUAGCCUUGUUUGUCCUAGCUCUGUGUGUGGGAGGCACUCCAGUGUCAACUGUGAGACAGGACUUUGCUUUUUCAUAUCAAGAUCAGCUUUCAAAUCCCAGCUAAGUGAAAAUAAAUUUUGUUGUCCUCUUCUCCCAUUGUGUGGAAUCCAGAACCAUUUGGCAAUAGUAGUUAGCUUUUGUUGAAGCAGUACCCUCAAGGAGGCUCCGAGUUGGAUAGCUGUGCACCAUCACUGUGCCAGGAUCUUGUGGGAGGGUGGCACAGGCUCGCCCUCCAUGGCAUUUAAGAGAGGGGCAGUUUAGCUCUCACUUGAUGUGAUCUAGGUUUACUCACCAAUUUGAAUAGGAUAGGGAAAUUGUUUUAAAAAAAAAAAAAAGAGUCAAGCUGCAACUAAAUAAUUAAGCUCCUGUCUCCUGUUUAGAUUGUAAGUAACUGUGUACAACUGUGGGUUUUUAAAGACAUUUUAUCUAUUAAUGUCAAAAAAAGUAUAUUGCUUAUUUACCAGUCUCCAAUGUCUGUGAAAAAUACUAUUUAUUAAUUUCACUUUUGUCCUCUGCUGCCUUCCAAUCUACGACUGUAACAUACCUGUCAGGUAGGGCGUUUAGCUCACAAUAUUUGUCAGAUAAGAUUACUGAGGUGCCAUGAGUUACUUUAACUGUCAGCCUUUCCUUGUCUUCUCUCAUGUCCGUUAAUCUAGGCGUUAGAUAUUUUCUAAGUCCACAUCUAGUCUUCAGUGAACCCUAAAAGGGAAUUGAUUGAAAAAAGCAUGCAAGCUUGCAGACACCUACAAACGUGAACAACGUCUGUGCAGAUGUGAAGGGUAACCAUUUCCUAGUGGUUCUGUAAGAAGACCUGCAGACGUUUCCUCUCUGUCACAUGAAGUUGUUUCGUGCAGCCUCUUUAGUGCUGCAGUAACUGACAGAAGCCUUUUCUAAAAACAGUUUUCCACCUCUAUAUUCUGCAACUGCAAGAAGCUGUAACGGUUUAGAGAUGUAAGAAGUGACCUAGCAGUCGCUUUGCCAUAUGUUGUUAAGCUAAUUUAGACUGGUUGGAUUUUCUUACUUCUGGGCUGCUUCACGGUACAUAGUGAAUACAUCUAAAUGCAACAGCCUGCUCUUGCAAACUCCGUACUUUCAGUUGGUUUAGGUUUCCAGCUAUUUUUGGAGGCAAGUAAAUCCUAGAUGACAGUUUGUGACCAUUCAAAGGACUUGGGAAUUUUGUAAUAACAGAGUUUUUGUCAUUAUGUACCAUGUUUAUAUUUUAAAUAAAAUCCAUUCAUUCUUCUGGG